AUGGCAAACAUGCUGAAUGAUUUCUGUAUCCUUAGGGCCGCCCGGGAGUAUCUGUGUGAUCAAUCUACAACAUCUCCUGACCAGCGAGAUGUACUUUUAGUGAUUUACUCGCCUGAUGAAAUCAUUCCUUGUUGGGCCUCAUCUACGAUAUUAUCUCAGUCCUCUGCUAUUUUUGCGGAUUUAACUACAAAGAAGCAUGAGAUUCAUCUGGUGGAAGAGAACAUUCAAGAGAUGCUGUUGAUUCUUUACUCCCUUCACUACCAAUGGUGGAAGCAGCCGAACCAGGAGAGAAUACCAACCCAGGUUGGCCUGGACGCGGUUAGCAAACAUACGCUUAAUCAUCUUUCCAGGAAAUACCAGUUGAUGCCUACCAUUGUGCCGUUUAUGGCUUUCAUCUACAAAUCCCUGAGCAGUGACUUUAGACGCGACGUGGAGGCACUGCAGUUAGCUUUGACUGAGGGAUGGCAAACCCACUUUCAGGAAUUUCACAGAAUAGCUGCUCUCUGCGUGCAGUACCUUCGUCCUGGUACCGAAGUUCUAAGGCUGGUAAAUGCAUUUAUACCUGGCUCACUUCCAGAAAGGAUUGAGAAAGAGAUACGAACCACGAAACAAAAACUUCUAAACCUUCUUGAGACAGCCCGGCAGAAGCUGAAGAGUGAUAGAUGCAGCUAUAAAAUAUUGAUGAACAACUCUGCUGAUGGAUUUCCCUUUAAUGUUGGCUUCUCCGAAAUUGCAGCCUCCAAUUGCAACUGCUGCUGCCCCUUGUUUCGGGUAGAAUAUUACUGUGAUGACUAUCUUGCUCUGGUGCAACAGUCCUGGUAUGAUAGGUCCAUUGCCGAUAUUACUGGGUGCUUCCAGCGCCGGGCCGCGAACUUGAAAAAGUUGCAUAAAUGUUCAGCCGGGGUGUACUGUCCACUUAUUCAGGUGGUAUUGUGGCUUGUUAAUCAGUCAUACAUUAUACAGAAAACCACGGCUUUUCCUUGUAUAGGUAGAUAG